AUGACGGAUAACUAUGGACGACCGUUGGGACCACCGCCUGAGUAUAAAGUCGAUAGAGACGAUACCUUAUACCACCACCAUCCGUGGUACAACUUCAAGUAUUGGGGAAAGAAAGGAUGGUUGACCUUCUCGGCCGUCAUUCUUGCCAUCAUAAUCAUCAUCAUUGUUGUUGCUGUGGUCGAAGCCAAGGCGAACCGAUAUCCGGACUAUAGCGAAUUGUCCUAUUCACUUGCGGAAACUUAUUCCGGAGCCGAUUUUUUCGACAACUUCGAUUACUUUACAGGCUACGAUCCAUCAUCCGGCUUCGUCCAUUACGUCCCGGAAGAUGAAGCUACCUCCCUCAACCUUACCUACGCCUCUUCAUCCUCCGCCUUCCUCAGGGUCGACACCUCCGUAUCCAACACAUCCGUCCCCAAUGCCUCCACUGGCCGCUUCUCCGUCCGCGUAACAUCCAAGAAGCAAUACGGCCUCGACAACCUCUUCAUCUUCGACGUAAAGCACUCUCCUCUCGGCUGCGGAACCUGGCCUGCAUUAUGGCUCUCGGAUCCCAGCAACUGGCCCACAAACGGCGAGAUCGACAUCAUGGAAGCCGUCAACGUAGUCUCCUCCACCAACAACCAGAUGACGCUCCACACCUCAUCCGGGUGCAGCAUGAGCGUCAAACGCAAAGAGACCGGCAAGUCUCUCACAACAUCCUGCGUGAACAGCACCGACGACAACGCUGGCUGCGGCGUCGAUUCCAGCACCGACAAAACGACCUUCGGAAGCACAUUCAACACCAACGGCGGUGGCGUCCUCGCCAUGGAACUACGAAGCGCGGGGAUCAGGAUGUGGCAAUUUGCACGCGACAGCGUCCCCGUCGACGUCUGGACGGGUCCGGAACCGGACACGUGGGGCGAGGCCACGGCCGAUUUCCCGAACACGGAUUGUGAUAUCUCGAGCCAUUUCCGGAAUCAGAGUAUCAUUGCCAAUAUCGAUCUCUGCGGCAGUUGGGCGGGCACGCAGAGUGUUUAUGGGGAGAAUUGUCCGGGGACGUGUACCGAUUACGUGGCGAAUUAUCCGGAUGCGUUUACGGAUGCGUAUUGGGAGUUUGGCAACUUUACCGUUUGGUCGGCGGCGAAUUCUACGGCUUCUUCUUCUUAA